UGUCUGUAGGUGGUCUCCUGGUCUGUGGUGGCAAUUAUUAUUUAUUGAUAUUGUUUUUACUUUUAAUUUUAUUGAUUUCGUCCCAAUUUUACUAGACGAAAUGUUAAUAUUCUAUGCGAUAUCAUAGCAAAAAUAGAGAUGUUUACAUAAGUAUCCUUUAAUUUCUAAAUGAAAGACAAAUCCAUUUUGUCUGACACGAUGGGGAUUAUGUAUGAGAAACGGCCUUUGAAGCGGCCUCGACUAGGUCCACCUGACGUGUACCCUCAAGAGCCGAGACAAAAGGAAGACGAGCUCACGUCUGCCAACGUCAAACAUGGAUUCACAACAACACCACAGUCCAGCGAUGAAUUUGGCACAGCGAGGAACUGCAGCUAUUCUACAUCUAAGAUUGGACAAUUCUUUUCUGGCAUUCUAUCUAAAAAAGAAGAAUUAAACACAUUACCUGACUGUGGUAGGAAGAGGCAACAGGUGAACCCGAAGGACAACUUCUGGCCUGCCACUGCACGUACAAAGCCUCAAAUUGAAGCUUGGUUCAAAGACUUAGCUGGAAACAAACCUUUAUCUCAACUCGCAAAGAAGGCACCAAAUUUUAAUAAAAAGGAGGAGAUAUUUAUAACAUUGACAGAGUAUCAGGUGGCAAUGCCACGAGCGACUUGGUUUAUCAAACUGAGUUCAGCUUACACUGUAGCUGUGUCAGAGGCUAAGAUUAAGAAAAGGCAGCUUUCUGAUCCUACAACAGAAUGGACAACAACACUGAUUAAGUUCCUCAAAGACCAAAUACCUAAGCUAGCUGAAUACUACCAAAGCUCCGUGCUAGGAAACAUAUCAGACAAAACACCUCCUUCACAAUCAGGUCAAGGCACCCCAAGUCACAAUUCAUCAGGAAACCCACCAGGAGGCUCAACCCCAAACUCGACUGUACCAAAUUCAAUGCAUUCGCCUGGCAAUUCUAGUGGGUUAGGUUCGUCGACCCCAAAUUCAACAGAAAGCACAGACUGGAGGCAAGCAUUGAGACAGUGGAACUACUGUUGCCGGUUAUCCCGUUUCCUGUUGGACGAAGGUCUUUUAGACAGGCACGACUUCCUUACGUGGAUUAUUGAAUUGCUGGACAAAAGAUCAGCAGACGACGGACUUUUAAGACUAUUCUUGCCCCUGGCACUGCAACACAUGAGCGAGUUCGUGUGUUGCGAAGGCUUAUCCCGCCGCCUCGCUACUUCGUGCGCGAAGAAGGCGGCCGCUAUUUGUUCAGUUCUAUCGGACACUACAUUGAGAACACUCAACCAGCCCGCUGUGUUCAAAACUGACAGGAUUGGUGAUGGAAACGGGGCUCCAAUGUCACCAUUAACAGAAGGAAAUGGCGACGUCAAACCAAAUGUUUCUCAAAUAAAACGUUCAGCCACCCCAGCGGAUCAAAACCAAGGAACGCCUAACCCCAACCAUUCCCUAGGAACUCCCAACCCAAACCAUUCCUUAGGAACACCGAAUCCUCUAGGCACUCCAAACCCUCAACAGCCAAUGGACGUACAGGUCAAGGAAGAAAGGGUGUCACCCCCGCGGGAAACGAAGCCGAGUCUCAAUACAGUGAUAACGGCUGCGUUGAACCCAGUGCAAGUUGGCUUUGGAGAAAUAUUGAAUUGCUCCUUUCAUAGAGAUGUCGUUAUUCAACUGGCUACUGUUUUACAGAUCAUCUGUAUAGAAUGUCCAGCGGCGAUGGUUUGGUCGGGUUGCGGUUCCUCCCUGCAGGGUUCUCCGCUAGACUUGCUACCACUGCCGCCCUCCGCUCUACCCAUGCCACAAAUGGAUUCCAGCCUCACUGAAGAGCACAGGAAGGUGGUGUAUGAAGCUGAACAAGAGAUCGCUGCUAGGAGUAAAAAGGCGGAGAGUAAAUGGUGUACAGACAAAUGGCAAACUAGCUCCCAAGCGCGAGUGCUGGCAGUACUGGAGGCGCUCGACAGGCAUUGCUUUGAUCGCGUCGAUCCGAACAACAAUCUGGACACGCUGUAUAAGGAAGUGUUCGCUAACUGCACUCCACCCAACAAAGAUGGGAAUCCGGACCCUAAAGAUCCUGAAUGGGCGUGUUCGUACGCAGUAGUGCGCGUGCUAUGCGAGUGGGCCGUGUGCGGCGCGCGCUGGGGCGAGCACCGCGCCAUGGCGGCCGCGGCGCUGCUCGACAGGAGGCAGCACCAUCACCAGCAGCACCACGAGCAUCAAGGUUCAGAUGACAAAGAGUCCGUCAGCUCUGGCACGGGGCUCUAUAACGGACCGCCGAUUUUUCAAAAUUUACUGCUGCGUUUUUUGGACAACGACGCGCCUAUUCUAGCAUCCGUCAAUUGCCUUUACACAGAUGAGAGUCCUAACGCACCGCCUGGGAAUCGUCAGCAGUUUGCCAAUCUGGUCCACUUGUUUGGUGAAUUGAUACGAAGGGAUGUCUUCUCGCAUGACGCUUAUAUGUGCACUCUUAUAUCUAGAGGAGACCUGAUUUCCCCCACGGAACCAACUUGUUCCACGUCAAGCUCUCACACGGUCGCGCCGCCGGCCACGAGUACCGGCACCACGCAUAACAUGGACGACGACAUCUUCGCGGGAAUCGAUCUCAAACCCAAAAUGGAGGAGAAUGUGCGAAUGGAUUUGGAUGACUCUAAAAUAGAUGACGACUUGGAUAAACUUCUGCAGCACAUAAAAGAAGACCAGCAGAAUUCAAUGGACGCGCCUGACAGUCCCAAAGAUCCAGGGGAAACGUCCCAUAGUGUCAAUUCUCCAAUGAUGGGCGCGAGUGGGAUGGGUAUCGCGGGAAUGCAGUCCAUGGGAAUGGGGCCCAUGUCUGUACCAGGCAUGCGUUCGUCGAGUUCAACAGGCGGCGGCAGCACUGGCGCAGUGUCCCGUCACUACCACUACACGAUGCACUUUCCACUGCCGCCUACCGAGCCGGAGCACACGCCGCACGACGCCAACCAACGGCACAUCCUGCUGUACGGCGUGGGGCGGCAGAGGGACGACGCCAAACACGCCGUCAAAAAGAUGACCAAAGAAAUAUGCAAACUAUUCUCUAAGAAGUUCUCAAUCGACGUCGCCGAAGGUGGGAAGAUUAAAAAACAUUCAAGAAGUGAAUUCAACUUUGAAGCUGUCACACAAAAAUUUCAGGCGAUGUCGAUGUACGAGCAAGGCGCAGUGUCGUGGGCGGUGGGCGGCGCGGUGUGCGAGGCGCUGGCGGCGUACGCGGCGGGCGCCACCACGUACCUGCCGCAGCCGGAGCACGUGGCCUUCGCGCUGGACUUGAUGGAGAUCGCGCUCAACGUGCACGGGCUCAUCGAGACUUGCAUACAGAUACUGAAAGAGCUAUCUGAAGUGGAGGCAGCACUGAUCACCCGCGGCGCGGCGAGCAGCGGGCUGGCCGCGCCUCGAGCGUACACGUCCGCGUUGGCGCUGUACACUGUUGGCGCUUUGAGGAGAUACCAUUCGUGCUUGUUGCUGUGCGUGGAGCAAACCUCGGCGGUGUUCGAGCAGUUGUGCCGGCUGGUCAAGUGCGUAGUGAACCCGGGCGACUGCGGCUCGGCGGAGCGCUGCGUGCUGGCGCAGCUGCACGACCUGUACAAGGCCGCGUCGCAUUUGUUCCACGCGCCGCACGCGGACACCUUCGCCAACGCUUACCCCAAAAUCAAACAGGCACUUUACUCACCAUUAACGCCGACGCCGUCCAAUUACUCGUACAAUCCUCAGUUUCUAAGCGAGUUCUUCACCAAUCAAAGGAAAGGAAAAAUUGAGAUCUCGUGGGCGCGUCAGGUGGCCGAGUCGCCGGCUAACCGGUACAGUUUCGUGUGUUCAGCGAUGCUCGCCGUGUGCCGCGAAGUUGACAAUGACCGUGUGAACGAGCUGGGCGUGGUGUGCUCAGAGAUGACGGCGUGGUGCAGCAGUCUCGCCGCGGAGUGGCUGGGCGCGCUGGUGGCGCUGUGCGGCGCGCAGCACUACCCCGCGCCGCACGGGCAGCACCCGCAGCACGCCGCGCCGCCGCCGCUGUACCCCGACCUGCUGCACCACCGCGACCUGCACGACGCCGCCGCGCACGAUGCACUCGCCGUCUUCACCUGCAUCCUCGUCGCUCGGCACUGCUUCUCUCUGGAGGACUUCGUGCGUCACGCGGCGCUGCCGUCGCUGGUGAAGGCGUGCGGUGGCGGCGGCCCGCUGCCGCCCAACGCGCCCUCGCCCGACGCCGGCGCUCGGCUCACCUGCCACCUGCUGCUGCGACUGUUCAAGACUGUCGAUACUCCGCAACCUGGUCUAUACAGCGUGUCAACAUCCCCCGGGCCGGUGGGCGCGGGCGCGGGCGUGCGCCUGUCGUGCGACAGGCAUUUGCUGGCCGCGGCGCACAAGAACAUUGGCGUCGGGCCUGUGCUCGCCACGCUUAAAGCCAUCCUCAUGGUGGGAGAUUCUACAGCGCGCGACGGAGGGAAACCUAUCGGGAAGAAAUCUAGCGAACUGUCACACAUACUCGGCACCAGCGACACCGUGCCCACCGACGCGCAACUCGACCUCAUGUCGAUGGUAGAUACAGAGAUCAGUGGGGGCCAUAGAACUCCUAGAGGCGGCAGCGGCGUUGGAUCAACCCUGCUGGACUCUUCGCAGUCUUUAUCUUCAUUGGCGCGACGUGUUUUGGCUGAAAUUUGUUCAGAGGAAUGGGUAUUGCAGAAAUGUCUUCAGAACCCCGACGAAUUGUACCAACCUGAUAUGCUUCUCGACUCCAUGCUUACACCAAAACAAGCUCAAAGAUUACUACACAUGAUAUGUUAUCCAGAUUCCGCGAGCCAUACACAUCCUGAUCUCGAUCAAAAGACAAUGAUAACUCGGUUACUUGAGAAUUUAGAGCAAUGGUCACUGAGGAUGUCGUGGCUGGACCUGCAGCUGAUGUUCAAGCAGUUCCCCAACGGCUCGUCGGAGCUGAGCGCGUGGCUGGACACGGUGGCGCGCGCCGUCAUCAACGUGUUCCAGCAGCCGGCGCCGCCCCCUCCGGACAAAGACAGAAUGGGCACGGAGCGCGGCGUGGUGAGCACGAGCAAGUGGUCGGAGUCGGUGUGGCUCGUGGCGCCGCUGGUGGCCAAACUGCCGCCCACGGUGCAGGGCCGAGUGCUCAAACAGGCUGGACAGAUAUUGGAGAGCGGGUGGGGCGCGGGCUGCAGCGGCGGCUGUUCCACCGGCGGCGGCGGCGGUGGCGGCUCGCAUCGCGACUGCAAGAGUCACCAGAGUCCCAGCUACAAAGGGUCGGCUGGCGCGGGUGGGGGAGGCAAGCGAGGGGUAGGUGCCGGAGGAAGUUGUUCGUGCGGCGCCUCCGCCGUGCGCCUCGCGAACGAGCCGCUGCUCUCCCUUGUACUGACCUGCCUUCGUAACCAAGACGACCAAAAGGAAAGCCUUCUAAGCUCAAUCCACGCUCAACUCUCACACUACCUGACGCACGCGCGCGACCACGAACGCAACGCUUGCGGCGACGCAUGGCACGACGAAGCGGCGCCCGAUGCGUUGCAGUUGCGUUUCUCGCUCGCGGGCGGCAUGUUCGACGCAAUCCGCCGCUCCUACCAGCUCACCGCUGAUUGGGCGCUGCUGUUGACGCAACUUAUAGCGCACCAACUGAUCGAUGCGUAUAACAAUAGUCUGUGUCACAGCAACUUGUUCACGACAUUGAUCGACAUGCUUGCAACUCUGAUACACUCGACGCUAGCUGAAGGGGGAGACGACAACAACAGGAAGCAUUACCAGAAUUUGAUGAAGAAACUGAAGAAGGAGAUCGGCGACCGGCACGGGCCGAGCGUGCAGGCCGUGCGACAGCUUCUGCCUCUGUCGAAGAAUACGAUUAUCGAAGUGAUUGCUUGCGAACCCCUCGGCUGUCUGGUAGACCAGAAAGGGAAUAAGAUUACAGGGUUUGACAGCGACAAAAAACAGGGUUUACGCCUGACAGAUAAGCAACGUGUGUCAAGUUGGGAACUUGUGGAAGGGGGUCGGAACCCUGCGCCUCUGUCUUGGGCUUGGUUCGCUGCUACUAAGAUAGAAAGAAAACCGCUUACUUAUGAGAACGCGCAUAGGUUAUUGAAGUACCACACGCACAGUCUGGUGAAACCGCUGAGCUACUAUUUAGAGCCGCUGCCCUUGCCGCCAGAGGAUCUCGACGCGAACGAUAGCAAACAGGAUAAUGGAAGUUUAGACUCUAGUCCGACCGGCUCCGGGAAGGGACGUAAGAUGUGCAAGAUGAACAACAAAAUUAGCAAAAAGCCUAAACCAACAACACCAACCAACGGCGCGGCAGGCGGUGCGGGGCCGGGCGGCGCGGCGGCAGGCGCCCAGCAGCCUCAGUUCAUGCAGCAGCAGCAGUGGUUCCCUCCGCCGGGGGCUGGCCAGGGCUACUACAACCAGCCCACUGGUGCCGGCGUCAGUCCGCGCGGCGUCGCACCGCCGUCGAACACGCAGUCGAAGCAAGCGCUGAGCAACAUGCUGAGACAGCGAGUGCCCUACUCGCAGCAGCUGUCACAAAUGCAGGGUGCUGGUUACCCGGGAGCGCCGCAUCCGCGAGGCCCAUAUCCGCGUCAAGGCAUCAGGCAGAUGCAACCCAAUCAGAUGGGGCAAAUGCAACCCAAUCAAAUGAAUCCAAUGGGCGGCAUGGGAGGCAUGGGGCCUAUGGGACAAAUGGGCGGGGUCCAAAUGGGUCCCAAUCAGAUGGGGGCGGCUCAGAUGGGGGGCAAUCAGAUGGCCAGUGCUCAAAUGGGUGGCAAUCAGAUGGGCAGCGCACAGAUGAGCGGCGGCCAGAUGGGCGGCAUGAGCGGGCAGAUGUUCGGCGGACAGUAUGGCGGCAUGCAGCAAGGAUAUGGUUACGGGCAGCCCAUGAUACAGGGGAGCCAACAGCAGAUGUUAAGCCAGGGAAUGGGUCAAAGUGGACAGAUGGGUCAAAUGGGCCAGCAGGUUAACCCUAUGGGUCAAAACGUGAACUCGAUCGGACAAAACGUUGGUCAAAUGAAUCAGGGGGUCGGGCAAUCCUCACAAAUGCAGCAGGGAAUGGGUCAGAUGGGACAAGGGAUGGGACAGAUGGGUCAAGGGAUGGGACAAAUGGGUCAGAUGGGACAGGGACAGGGUAUUGGCAGUAUGAGUAGUCAAACAGCGCCAAUGGGUCCGCAAGGAGGAAACAGUAUGGGUGGUUUCCCGGGACAACAAACAUUCCAGCAGAAUAUGAUGGGUGGUCGUGCAAGUCAAGAAGCAUAUCUGGCUCAACAGAGACAGAACGUCAGGCCGCCGUAUAUGCAGCAAGCACCAAACGUGACGAUGGGCGGCAUGGGGGGUCACGCACCCCCCUACCCCCGAGCAAUGCAGCCCGCUCAGGCCGGCCAGUACCCCCAGCAGAUGGCGCAGCAGCGGAUGCGGCAACAGAUGCAACAACAACUGGCCAUGCAGCAACAGGGCCCGCUGCACCAGCACUUGCAACAACGACAGUACCAACAACCGUAUUAAACCAAUAUUAUACAGGGUGCUCGGAAGUAUUUCCCAUAACUCUGAGGUUAUAUCCUUUACCGAAAAUUAAAUAAAUAUGUUCAAAGAACAUGUGUUCAAAAAUUUAUAUUUUCGGAGUAAAUAAAAAUUUUUUUUUUGAACUUGAAUAGAUUUUAAAAUGUAUCCCAUAUACACAUCCUUAUAAUUAUGACGUAGUCAAACUUUAAAAUGCAAGAAUAGAUAAAGGCGUGCGUUACUAUCCAAGUCGGAAUUAUUUAAAAUACUUUGUAUGAAAACAAAAAAAGGCAAAUAUUAGUUAUGCAGUUCGGAUCCUAUAUGUGGACUCGUCAACACCUUGAAGUUAUGGAAAAUACUCCCUAGCACCCUGUAUAUUAUGAUAAUAAUGCUGCCACUAGACUUGUCCAAAAAUUUAUUUUUAUUUUAUAUUUUAUAGGAAACCCCAGAAAAACAAUCAUUUUUAUAAAACCCAUAAUUCAAUAAUUUUAUUAAUUACACAUUUUAUAGAAAAAAUACUGUAGUUUUUUGUGAUAUACAUUUUGUAAGUGACAAUGUUGGAGAAUGACAAUUCUUACAACAUGCAUGAACCAAUUGGUUUUUAUUUAUUUUAUUGUGUCAUAUACAUUUUUAAAUUGACCAUUAUUAAAAUUAAUAUAAAUUUAAUUUAUAAUCUUUUUAUGUGUUAAGGUGACAUUUUUAAAUACUAGUGACAAUUUUUUCUAAUGAAAAUUUUAAUAUUCCAUCUACUUGGUAGAUGGAAUAUUAAAAGGUACUUGGGUACUGUCGCCAUAAUAUGUUCUAAAAUCACAUAAUUAUGCGGGAUACUAAACUGUUAUAGUUUGGCAAAAAAGAACGGAACUUUUUUUCCCUCUUACAACACUAUUCAACUUGGUAGUUGUCAGUCAAAACAAAAAAAAAAAAUGCUGUCAAAAGUUUCGGGAUUAUUUACAAAAUUAAGAUUAAUACGAAGAAAAUAGAUUGUGGGACAUUAUCGGCAGUAAACUAAUGUGGCACAAGAUAAUUAUGACAAUCCGUAGUGGCCAUAGAUAAUUAUGAUAAUCCGCCAAGUUAUUCCGUUUAUAAGAGACUAGCUGACGCCGCGCGGUUUCACCCGCGUGGUUCCCGUUCCCGUAGGAAUACGGAGAUAAUAUAUAGACUAUAGCCUUCCUCGAUAAAUGGGCUUAUCUAACACUGAAAGAAUUUUUCAAAUCGGACCAGUAGUUCCGAGAUUAGCGCGUUCAAUCAAACAAACAAACUCUUCAGCUUUAUAAUAUUAGUAUAGAUGUCUGCCAGAAUUCGAAGCCAAAACGUUGUUGUCGGAUCUGGGCUAUGUUUACCGAAGAACGGCUAAGAUAACACGUUUGUAUUUAUUUUAGAGUAUUAUAAAUGUUGAGCUCUGAAGUAAUUCACUAUAUUACAUGUUUUUGGAGCUUUUAAUAAGUGUUUUCGUGAUUAUUCUGUCGGCUUUGAAGGUUAUGUUUUAUGGUUACGUUUACAUUGUCACUAUUCGUGUUGCCAUAUUGGCGAUAGUGGCGCCACUAAUAAUUUCUACUCUUUUUUACCAAGCUAUACAAUUUAUAUUGAGAAUAUUACCUUUUCACAUAUUUAUUAACAUCCUAAAUAAUGACAAACGCUUUGAAAUACAAACGCGCGCGUCUCUGGAUGUUCGACAGAAGUGAUAACUUGAACUAAUUGAUUUAAUUAAUUAAAUCUAAUUAAUUAUUGUAUUCAAUUAAGAAUCCUCUAUUGUCGAAGAGGUGGGAAAAACAUUUUGACAGCAACAACAUAGAAAGUUUGCUCUGUCAACUGCAAGUAUCAAACAUGCCAAGUUGCCAAAUUCAGCUGUAACGCGUUACGUUACCAAUCGAUUUACCAUUCCAAAAAAGUUAUCACUUCAAAAAGCAAUAUGUUGUGCAUAAUAUCCGUUUUUUAAGAUUGCUUUAUAAAAUAUUUUUUACACAAACCAAACACCUAAACAAUAUUAUAAUAAACGGUGAAAUCCUCUAAUUAUGUGUACAGUAAUUUUAUAUAUUUAGUAAAUAAAUAACUUAUAUAGAAUGGAAAAUUGCUUUCUAUUCUAUUUUAAUAAUAAUUAAGUUCUCUAGUAUUUCCAUUCUAAAGGAUCCUGAUAUUUAUCUAUUAGAUUUUUUUAUUAAACAAAAUCGUUAUAUUUAUAUUUUAUUUUUUUAACUGACUGCCUUUAUACAUUUAAGAUAUUUUAAUUUUGGUGAGAUGUUUUUAUAAGAUUAGAAAUAUCAUUUUGAAGUUAUGAUAUUUAUUUUCUGUCAUCACAGUCAACUGUCAAGUAUAACAUAAAUAUUUACCUCAUUUGUUUUAAUUUUUAAUUACACCAAUCUCAUUAUUUUCUGAUUCUAAAGUUUCGAUGUUGUAUAGAAUAGUUUUUUAAUUGUAUUUCCAAAUACUUUUUGUAUACUAAUAAUAAUAAGUAUUAAGCAUAAGCCUAGUUAUAAGAAUAGCUAUUAUUUAUUUAUAAAUAUUGUGAUUAAUCAAUUGUUACAAGAUACAGUAUAAUUUUUAUAAAGUACAUAAUUAUUUUAGUUACUUUUUUGUAAAUAUUGGUGUUAAAUAUAAUAAUUUAGAUGAA